AGGGAAAUCUACGACGCUGUUUUAUCCUGGUCUGGCAUUUGCACUGCACACAAAUUCAAUUGCACAAAUUCUCUCAUCUAAAGAUCACCAACACGUCACCGUUUAACUCUGAGCAGCUGAAGAGAUUGAGCGAUGGACGAACUGUUAGCUGCGAUAAUUCCUAUUCUGCUUGUUCUCGCUUUAAUUCCUUUGUUUUUAUGGAGACGCCGCUCAGUUUCUCGAGAAGAGCAACAUCAAGAGGAGGUUCCACAGAGGGAAACUGUGGUACGUGCCACUGGUGCUCGUCGGAUGCGUAGAAGACCUGCUGCUGGUGCUAGCACGUCAUCAGCUGGAGCUGCUGCUGUAGAAGAAACUGUUGAGGGAAGUGAUGAUGAAGCUGUGGAGGGUGAGAAUUAUGAGGCUAAAGCAUCAACGAAGAAGGAGAGAAAGCGGCAAGAGCGAGAAGCACAACGACAGGCUGAAGUAGCUGCACAUGAGUCAAGGAAGUCAAAGCAAGACCGCUAUGCAGAAAUGCGAAGGAGGAAGGAUGAGGAGCAUGAAGCACGGGAGCGUGCAUUGGAAGAAGAAGCCAAGGCUCAGAAAGCCAGGGAGGAGGAAGCAGCUGCAUUAGAAUUCGACAAGUGGAAAGGGGAAUUUUCAAUUGAUGCUGAAGGUACUACAGAAAAUGAAUUGCAAGAUGGGAAACGGGAUUUGCUUUCUGACUUUGUUGAUUACAUAAAGAAACACAAAUGUGUUCCUUUAGAAGAUCUUGCUGCUGAAUUUAAGUUACGAACUCAGGAAUGUAUCAAUCGGAUUACUUCGCUGGAAAGCAUGGGGCGGCUUUCUGGCGUGAUGGAUGAUAGAGGAAAAUACAUUUACAUCUCCCAGGAAGAGAUGACAGCUGUGGCCGACUACAUUAAACAUCAGGGAAGGGUUAGCAUCUCCCAUCUAGCUAGUAAGUCCAACCAGUUCAUUGAUUUGGAAUCAAAAGCACAGUUUGUUGAGGACCUGAGCAGUGUGGAGGAGAUUACUGUUGCUUAACUUGAUGUACGCCCUUACUUGUGUUACAUACUUAAAAGAAAAAUUAAACUAACAGAAUGAUAGAAAGGAGAACAUAAAAAUUUGAUAAAUUUUUGUAUAGAUAAAAUCUCAUGAUGGGCAAUCAAAAAGCAAGACGCACCGAAGAUGUGCCAGGAUAAGAUUUUGGCCUGAGUUUGAUGAUGCAUGACAAAAAUUAUGAUCAUUCUGGCAAAAUCUUUCUCAUCUAGACUUCUUAGAUUAGAUGUGAAAAAUUAUUCCUGAAGAUUUACGAUACUGAUGUUGGAGCAUUGUAUAGUGUUUGGGAUUAAAAAGAAAUUAGAUCCAGGACCAGAAUUUACCAUCGUCGAUUAGUAAGUUUGCAGAAUGGAGUGAA